AUGGCCACCAACCAGCGAUGUAAUGUACUUGGGUCCACGUGCUUGCCAACCAAGAGAAUGAGCGGUGUUUGGAGGUAGCCCGACGUGGUAACGCUAGCUGCGCAAGUGACAUGCAUGAUACGCUCUCUUCAUGACCUAUUUUGGCAUUCGAGUGUAGUCAGUGCGCGAGAGUCCCUGUUUCACGACCUUUAGUUUUGUCUGCGAUAUAAGAGAAUAUUAAUAUUCUCUUAUAGUGAGAUACUGUUUAAGAGAAUUCUCUCUUAUUCCGUAGCCAACACGAUAUAACAGAAAGCCGGAUUUGAUUUAAGAGAGUGAAAUUGGCUUGUACCGACCCUCUCUUAAACCGUAGCCGAUA